AUGGUGUUGUUUCCCUGGAGCGAAGAUCCCGGAGCUCAGCGCCUGCUGCUCCCCUGGCUGCUCCUCCCCGCGCUCUGGGCGGCCGGGCGCGGGCAGCUGCGCUACGCGGUCCCCGAGGAGGCCCAGCACGGCACGUUCGUGGGCCGCCUCGCGCAGGACCUGGGGCUGGAGCUGGCGGAGCUGGUGCCGCGCCUGUUCCGGGUGGCGUCCAAGGAGCGCGGGGAGCUGCUGGAGGUGAACGUGCAGAAUGGCAUUUUGUUUGUGAACGCGCGGGUGGACCGGGAGGAGCUGUGCGGGCGGAGCGCGGAGUGCAGCCUCCACCUGGAGGUGAUCGUGGACAGGCCGCUGCGGGUGUUCCACGUGGAGGUGGAGGUGGAGGACAUCAACGACAACCCGCCCGUGUUCCCCGCCGCACACAAGACGCUGUUUAUUUAUGAAUCUCGACAGCUUGGGUCUCGGUUGUCGCUAGAGGGCGCAUCUGAUGCAGAUAUCGGAACGAAUUCCUUGUUGACUUACACCCUGGAUUCCACCGAGUAUUUCACUUUGGACGUUAAGAGAAAUAACGAGGACAUAAAAUCCAUCGGACUCGUGUUGAAAAAACUUUUAAAUCGAGAGGAUACUCCGGAGCAUUACUUACUAAUAACGGCCACUGACGGCGGGAAGCCAGAGCUGACGGGCACGACUCAAGUGAAGGUCACAGUGUUAGAUGCAAAUGACAAUGCCCCAGUAUUUGAGAGGACGCUCUACAAGGUCAGAUUGUCUGAAAAUGUGCCGACCGGGACUCUAGCAGUGAUGGUGAACGCCUCCGAUUUGGAUGAAGGAGUAAAUAAGGACAUUGUGUAUUCUUUUCAUGAAGACGUAUCCGCUGAGAUUCUGUCCAAGUUCCACUUAGAUCCUGUCAGUGGAUGCAUCACCGUGAAAGGUAACCUCGAUUUUGAGGAGACGAAAUCAUACGAAAUCCAGGUAGAGGCAACAGACAAAGGAACUCCCCCAAUGACAGAUCAUUGCACAGUGGUAGUGGAAAUCGUGGACAUAAAUGACAAUGCGCCCGAAUUAGUCAUCAAGUCAUUAUCACUGCCUGUACCAGAAGAUUCUCCAAUUGGUACCGCCAUCGCCCUGAUCAGCGUGUCCGACCUCGAUUCUGGUGCGAAUGGCCAGGUGAGCUGCUCGCUGCCGCCACACCUGCCCUUCAAGCUGGCGUCCACCUUCAGGAACUACUACUCCCUGGUGCUGGACAGCGCCCUGGACCGCGAGGCCACCGCGGGCUACCAGGUGGUGGUGACGGCGCGGGACGGGGGCUCGCCCCCGCGGUGGGCCACGGCCAGCGUGUGGGUGGAGGUGGCCGACGUGAACGACAACGCGCCCGUGUUCGCGCAGGCCGAGUACACGGUGUCGGUGCGCGAGAACAACGCGCCCGGCGCGCACAUCUGCACGGUGAGCGCGCGGGACGCGGACGCGCAGGAGAACGCGCGCGUGUCCUACGCGCUGGUGGAGCGGCGCGUGGGCGAGCGCGCGCUGUCGAGCCUCGUGUCGGUGCACGCGCAGAGCGGCCGCGUGCACGCGCUGCAGCCGCUGGACCACGAGGAGCUGGCGCUGCUGCAGUUCCAGGUGAGCGCGCGCGACGCCGGCGCGCCUGCGCGGGGCAGCAACGCCAGCCUGCAGCUGUUCGUGCUGGACGAGAACGACAACGCGCCGGCGCUGCUGGGGCCGGCCGGGGGCGGGGCGCGGAGCCACGCGCUGGCGCGCUCGGCGGGCGCGGGCCACGUGCUGACCAAGGUGCGCGCGCUGGACGCGGACUCGGGCUACAACGCGUGGCUGGCGUACGAGCUGCAGCCGGCGGCGGCCGGGGCGCGCAGCCCGUUCCGCGUGGGGCUGUACACGGGCGAGGUCAGCACCACGCGCGCCCUGGACGAGGCGGACGCGCCGAGGCAGCGCCUGGUGGUGCUGGUGCGGGACCACGGCGAGCCCGCGCUCACGGCCACGGCCACGCUGCUGGUGUCGCUGGUGGACGGCGCUCCGUCGCCGAAGCUGUCUGCGCGCGCGUCGGCGGGCCGCGUGGGCGCGGAGGCGUCGCCGCUGGACGUGAACGCGUCGCUGAUGGUGGCCAUCUGCGCGGUGUCCGGCCUGCUGGUGCUGACGCUGCUGCUGUGGGGGGCGCUGCGGUGCUGCGGGGCGGCGCGGAGCGAGGGCGCGUGCGCGCCGGGGAAGCCGGUGCUGGUGUGCUCCAGCGCGGUGGGGAGCUGGUCCUCGUGCCGGCAGAGGAGGCCCGGGCUGUGCUCCGCCGAGGGCCCGCCCAAGGCCGACCUCAUGGCCUUCAGCCCCAGCCUUCCUCCCUGCCCAGUGAACCCCGACAAAGAGGAGCCACUGGCGGGCGAACUCGAUUUCUCUGCCAAAGUGAGUAAUUUUUCUUUAAAAAAUCUUUAA